AUGGCUACCACUCAAGGCGCUAUCUCCAAGCGUCGCAAGUUUGUCGCCGACGGUGUCUUCUAUGCCGAGCUCAAUGAAUUCCUCCAGCGCGAACUGGCCGAGGAGGGCUACUCUGGUGUCGAAGUCCGCGUGACUCCCACUGUCACUGAUAUCAUCAUCCGUGCUACCCACACCCAAGAAGUCCUCGGCGAGCAGGGCCGUCGCAUUCGCGAGCUCACCUCCCUCAUCCAGAAGCGCUUCAAGUUCCCCGAGAACUCGGUCUCGCUCUACGCUGCCAAGGUCCAGAACCGUGGUCUCUCCGCUGUCGCUCAGUGUGAGUCCCUGCGCUACAAGCUGCUCAACGGUUUGGCCGUCCGUCGUGCCUGCUAUGGUGUGCUCCGCUUCAUCAUGGAGUCCGGCGCCAAGGGCUGCGAGGUCGUCGUUUCUGGCAAGCUUCGUGCUGCCCGUGCAAAGAGCAUGAAGUUCACUGAUGGCUUCAUGAUCCACUCCGGUCAACCCGCCAAAGACUUCAUCGACUCGGCCACCCGCCACGUCCUGCUCCGACAAGGUGUCCUCGGUAUCAAGGUCAAGAUCAUGCGCGGCUCCGACCCCGAGGCAAGGCCGCCCAAGGAAGAGCAGCCCAUCGUCCAGCCUUCGUCGCAGGACUACGGCCCGAAGGCUCAGGCUGCUGAGCAGCGCCAGGCACAAGAUGCUCGUGCACAAGAGGAGGCUGAGCAGCAACAGCAGGGUGGCGAGCAGGGUGGUGAAACCUUCGAGUCUUAG